ACCCUCGGCACCAAAAUCCCCACGACUUCAUGCCGCGAAGGGUGAAUUAUGCCUUGUCCCUAGUUAGCCUGCUCCGCUGAGGUUGGAGAGCGCUGGACCCCGGGGCGCGGGAGGGGGGUCUUCCAAGCUUCUCCGACAGCUCAGCGCGCACAAGGACAUAUUUCGGACCGUUGAAGACGCAGAUCCGGUGGCGUUUGCAAGGGAGGGCCUGGUUCUAGUCUGCGCUUAUUGGGACUUGUCGCAAGACAGUUUCGCUGCAUCUGAAACAUUUAUCAGUCGCCCGCGCAACCCAUAGAUCCGCAGCCACGCCAGCACGCUUCCCCACGCGCCUCACCCUCCACGGCAGUGUCUCGUCCUCUCCAACGGCCACAUCGCCCCGUCAUGUCAUCCGCCUACCUGUCCUCGUAGUCGUACACUCACUUCCACUUGGGCGGAAUGACAGACUCACAAGUUCCCGUCAACUUCAACCUUGUGAGAUACUCGGCCAUUGAAGGAGUCCACUGGUUCUUCGACCCGGCUUACCCGACCACAAUCCAGUUCCUCCGCCAGGGACGGUGGGAACCAUGGGAUGUCGGCUACGUCAGCAGGCACUCGGAUGAUCCAGAUAUCAAGCGUCUAGCUUCGGACGCAGAGACUGACCUGAUCCUCGAACCUAGACCCGGCUACACGCCGUGGCCACACUCGCCAGCCGACACUCUCAUUGAUUCGCAGAGUAACGACAAUGGCGGCCCCUCCGAGCCUAGGUCUCCAACCAGGUCACAUCCCUAUACGCCUACAGGCCAUCAACCAGCUCUGCAAGAUCUUCGUUACGAUCCCUACAGCUUGCCCUCCGCACCACGUUCGACCGAGGAGAUUUGGCGAAGAAGGAAACAUCGUCCGCCCCGUGUCCAUAUUCCUGCGGCCACCUCUGGGCAUGACUCGCUGCCUUCCCCUUAUCCCGCUUCCAGUGCCCACAGCCUGCCACCGCCACGGCCAGUUUCAGAGUAUACCGCACUAAAUGAUAGAAACGUACAUCCACAUCCCCCUUCGCCUUCAGUACCUACACGGCCCGGUGCUGCGGAUGGCUCACACCCAGCUCCACCAACUGUCCAUCCCGCUUCGAGUACUGUAAAUGGCCCACCAGGUCCUCCACCACCAUUUGAUUUUACUGCUCCAACCGCUGCUCAUGGCCAUGGACAUUAUCCAUCUCUUCCCGAGUACAAUAGCGCAGGCGGUAUUCCUCCGCCUCCUCCUUCAACAUACGCCCCGCCCGUUGUCUCUGAUGGCCGUAGGCCACCGCCGGUUCCAGCCUCUACAGAUUGCACUGUUACAACAACAGCUACUGGCCAUGGGCCGACCCGCGCACCUCCAGCCCAUGAACCAAUACCCGGCCCCGUGAUUUACGCCACCGAACCCAACGCGGCUCCCCCGACCCGUCCACCACCGCGUCACGAGCCUGUAGAAUACCAUGACCGCGCAGGUUUCAAUUAUCCUGGCUCACCAAAGCCAUCAAGCAGUGUUCCCGGUUCGCCCAAUGCCAUCAAAUUGGCGGUGCGCUCCGAGCGCACCGCCAAAAUCCUGCUGAGCCUUGACGGCGAUGGCAUUCGCGGACUCUCCUCCGUUCUACUUGUCGAGUCCCUCAUCAAUGCCAUAUGUACCAAGAUGAAUCGCCCUCUCGCCUGCCACGAGAUCUUCGAUCUGAUUGGAGGUGUCUCGACCACUGGCCUCCUUGCCAUCAUGCUGGGUCGGCUACGCAUGAAAGUGCAUAAGGCGAGAGAGAAGUAUUUGGAGAUCAUGAAGGCGGUGUUUUGCGAGAAGUGGAAUUUCUUCGCUUCCCUGGAUCCCCAUGGUUUGGUGCCUUCUGCUAGCGGACCUCCACUUGAGGAGAGUGUCAAGGGUCUCGUGGUGAGCGAGUGUGGGGGACUCGAUGAGCCUUUCUUUGAUGGGAGAGAGGACUCUGCCAACACCAUGGUCAUCACAUCCAAGGUAGACAUCGGAUUCAACCAACCGGCCAUUGUUCGCUCAUACCAAAGCCGCCGCGUGGCAGGACCCGAAAUCGAGCAAGAACUUGCCGUUUGGCAAGCCAUCAUGGCCACCUUGGCUGCACCACGCUACGUCGCCCCUCAGGACGCACUCACCCGGCGCGCAGUCAUAGAACCAGGCCUCGUCGACUACGGCACGGCAAAGAACAAUCCCGUCCGCGACCUCUACUUUGAAUGCCGCAAGCUGUACAGCUACACCAACGACACCAUGAUCAUCGUCUCCAUUGGCACGGGGGGCGGACGCCACAACCCUGACGAACUCAAGGAGAUGGCCAUGAGCGUGCGGGACCGCACCCUGGACGCAAAGAUGAUGGAGGAGAAGUUCGAGAAGGAUAAUCGGCGGCUCAUGGAGGAGGGGUGGAUCAAGUAUUUUCGGUUCAAUGUGCCGAAUCUGGAUCACGUGCCGUUGGAGGAGAAUUUGGCCGUUGACGCGAUCAUGGAGAAGACGCAUCAGUAUCUGGCGGGGCCCGAGGUGGGACGGAGGUUUUACGCGGCGGUCGAUGCGAUUGUGGCGAUUUUGAGCGGGGAGAAGGGGGGGUGGCCUUAUACGGGCGGGAGUAGGCAAGUGGGAUGAUGGGGUGAAAGGAAUGGGUGCGUUUAUUUUGGUGGGUUUGAUGAUCUAACGCCAUCUACAGUUGUAUACGAGUCCACGACCGUCAAAACGUUUGUUUUUGUCACGAUGUUAGCGGCCACGAUCUGUUAUGAAACUUCAUGUCUGGGAGGUGGCAUUUAAAAUGGGGGCGUUGGUUUUUUUACUAUAUAUACAUCGGUUAUGUUUAUGGAACCAUGAAAGGAGAUCAGCAUGACGUUGGGCUUAUUAGCUUUUGACGGGAAAGUUAUGCUUGGGAUUUCUAUAUUCUUAUAUAGAAAUAUCUGGUAUCGAAAGCGGUCUUGUAUUUAAAAUGGCGGCUCGUCAUAGUCUGUCUAUUCUCUUGGUCCAAAAGGCACUCAAGUCUCGUCUACUGUCUACCGCCAGAGU